GUCACAAUGGAAUACAAGGAGAGUAAUGGUGCAGUGGAGCCCAUCCGAGUGCACACACUUGUGAUUUCAGUACAUCAUGCCCCGGACAUACCUCUACAACAAAUACAGAAGGAGCUAAUGGAGAAAGUUGUUAAAGAAGUAAUUCCAGAGAAGUAUCUUGAUGAGGGCACAAUUUACCAUCUCCUUCCAAGUGAAAAGUUUGUAGAAGGCGGUCCUAAGAGUGAUGCUGGACUGACUGGCAGGAAGAUCAUUGUUGAUACCUAUGGAGGCUGGGGAGCCCAUGGUGGAGGUGCAUUCUCUGGAAAAGAUCCCUCCAAAGUUGAUCGUUCUGCAGCAUACGCAGCUCGCUGGGUCGCAAAAUCCCUGGUGAAAGCUGGUCUCUGUAAAAGGGUAUUAAUCCAGCUAUCAUAUGCUAUCGGUCUGAGUCAUCCUCUUGCGAUCUCAGUGUUUCAUUACGGAACAUCAGACAGAUCUGAAGAAGAACUGCUUGACAUCGUGCAGAAAAACUUUGAUCUACGCCUUGGAGCUAUCAUAAGGGAGCUGGAUUUGAAGAGGCCAAUCUAUCAAAAAACAGCAUGCUAUGGGCACUUUGGGAGAGAAGAAUUUACAUGGGAAGUACCCAAAAAGCUUGUGUAUUAA